AUGACUUUAAAAAAUUGUAAACAAAUGUUUAAUGCUUUACCUGGUGCAUCCGGCGACAUCACGGAAGACAUUACAGUGCAAUUACUCUUUUCGGUGGUACCUCAAGACCAGUUUUUCAAGCACAGCACGGGUCGCGGAAACGUAUACGACACAAUCGGUGAACUGGUGAAAAUCUGA